AUGUCUCGUGUGCCAGAAGUUACACUGGCUGACUUCCAUCCUGUCGCAGCCUUACUGCUGGUCUGCGCAAUCAGUUUAGCUCAAGGAAAUGAUAUUGAGCUAAAUGAGAAUGGUUGCCCGAUAGACCACACUAUUGAAAAACUUUAUCCCCACGAAAACUGUAACAAAUUCUACCAAUGCACGCACGGAAAUCUUGUAGUAAAGAAAUGUGCGUCGAACCUCUUCUUUGAUGUUGAAAAACAAGAAUGUGAUUGGUCUGAAACAGUAGACUGCGGUGAUAGGGUUGUCCCAGACGAGAAGGAAGAUGAGGACUGUGAUGAGAACGAAAACGAGAAUGGGGACGGCAAUGAAGAUGGCGAUGAUAACAAUGGAUCUUGCAACUGUAACCCCGGUGAGGCGCCAUCGAUUUGUGGUCGGGAAGGGUCUGACGGGGUUUUAAUCGCACACGAAAAUUGCAACCAGUUUUAUAAAUGCUUCAAUGGCAAACCCGUUACAGUAAACUGUCCCGGAAACCUUCUAUACAAUCCACACAAAGAAAUAUGUGAUUGGCCCGAAAACGUUGAAUGUGGUGACAGAGUAAUUCCAGAAUGUGAUGACGAUGACAAUGGCGGAGACGGUGGAGGCGACGGAGGCGGGGGAGGUGGAGGCGGAGGCGGCGGAGGCGGAGGUGGUGGAGGCGGCGAAGGUGGUGGCGAUGACAGUGGUGGAACUUGCAACUGCAACCCCGGUGAAGCACCUUUGAUUUGCGGUCGGGAAGAUUCUGACGGAGUCUUAAUCGCACACGAAAACUGCAACCAGUUCUACAAAUGUUUCAAUGGAAAACCCGUCACAAUGAACUGUCCCGGCAACCUUCUCUACAAUCCACACAAAAGAAUAUGUGAUUGGCCCGAAAAUGUUGAUUGUGGAGACAGAGUAAUUCCAGAAUGUGAUAACGAUGACAAUGGCGGAGGCGGAGGCGGUGGAGGCGGAGGCGGUGAAGGUGGUGGCGAUGACAAUGAUGGAACUUGCAAUUGCAACCCCGGUGAAGCACCUUCGAUUUGCGGUCGGGAAGAUUCUGACGGAGUCUUAGUCGCACACGAAAACUGCAACCAGUUCUACAAAUGUUUCAAUGGUAAACCCGUCACAAUGAACUGUCCCGGCAACCUUCUCUACAAUCCACACAAAAGAAUAUGUGAUUGGCCCGAAAAUGUUGAUUGUGGAGACAGAGUAAUUCCAGAAUGUGGUGGCGAUGACAAUGAUGGAACUUGCAACUGCAACCCCGGUGAAGCACCUUCGAUUUGCGGUCGGGAAGGUUCUGAUGGAGUCUUAGUCGCACACGAAAACUGCAACCAGUUCUACAAAUGUUUCAAUGGAAAACCCGUCACAAUGAACUGUCCCGGCAACCUUCUCUACAAUCCACACAAAAGAAUAUGUGAUUGGCCCGAAAAUGUUGAUUGUGGAGACAGAGUAAUUCCAGAAUGUGAUGACGAUGACAAUGGCGGUGAAGGUGGUGGCGAUGACAAUGAUGGAACUUGCAACUGCAACCCCGGUGAAGCACCUUCGAUUUGCGGUCGGGAAGGUUCUGAUGGAGUCUUAGUCGCACACGAAAACUGCAACCAGUUCUACAAAUGUUUCAAUGGAAAACCCGUCACAAUGAACUGUCCCGGCAACCUUCUCUACAAUCCACACAAAAGAAUAUGUGAUUGGCCCGAAAAUGUUGAUUGUGGAGACAGAGUAAUUCCAGAAUGUGAUAACGAUGACAAUGGCGGAGGCGGAGGCGGUGGAGGCGGAGGCGGUGAAGGUGGUGGCGAUGACAAUGAUGGAACUUGCAACUGCAACCCCGGUGAAGCACCUUCGAUUUGCGGUCGGGAAGAUUCUGACGGAGUCUUAGUCGCACACGAAAACUGCAACCAGUUCUACAAAUGUUUCAAUGGAAAACCCGUCACAAUGAACUGUCCCGGCAACCUUCUCUACAAUCCACACAAAAGAAUAUGUGAUUGGCCCGAAAAUGUUGAUUGUGGAGACAGAGUAAUUCCAGAAUGUGAUAACGAUGACAAUGGCGGAGGCGGUGGAGGCGGAGGCGGUGAAGGUGGUGGCGAUGACAAUGAUGGAACUUGCAAUUGCAACCCCGGUGAAGCACCUUCGAUUUGCGGUCGGGAAGAUUCUGACGGAGUCUUAGUCGCACACGAAAACUGCAACCAGUUCUACAAAUGUUUCAAUGGUAAACCCGUCACAAUGAACUGUCCCGGCAACCUUCUCUACAAUCCACACAAAAGAAUAUGUGAUUGGCCCGAAAAUGUUGAUUGUGGAGACAGAGUAAUUCCAGAAUGUGAUGACGAUGAUAAUGGCGGCGACGGUGGUGGCGAUGACAAUGAUGGAACUUGCAACUGCAACCCCGGUGAAGCACCUUCGAUUUGCGGUCGGGAAGGUUCUGAUGGAGUCUUAGUCGCACACGAAAACUGCAAUCAGUUCUACAAAUGUUUCAAUGGAAAACCCGUCACAAUGAACUGUCCCGGCAACCUUCUCUACAAUCCACACAAAAGAAUAUGUGAUUGGCCCGAAAAUGUUGAUUGUGGAGACAGAGUAAUUCCAGAAUGUGAUGACGAUGACAAUGGCGGAGGCGGAGGCGGCGACGGUGGUGGCGAUGACAAUGAUGGAACUUGCAACUGCAACCCCGGUGAAGCACCUUCGAUUUGCGGUCGGGAAGGUUCUGAUGGAGUCUUAGUCGCACACGAAAACUGCAACCAGUUCUACAAAUGUUUCAAUGGAAAACCCGUCACAAUGAACUGUCCCGGCAACCUUCUCUACAAUCCACACAAAAGAAUAUGUGAUUGGCCCGAAAAUGUUGAUUGUGGAGACAGAAUAAUUCCAGAAUGUGAUGACGAUGACAAUGGCGGAGGUGGUGGAGGCGGCGGAGGCGGAGGAGGUGGAGGCGGAGGUGGCGGAGGCGGCGGAGAUGGAGGUGGUGGAGGUGGAGGCGGCGACGGUGGUGGCGAUGACAAUGAUGGAACUUGCAACUGCAACCCCGGUGAAGCACCUUCGAUUUGCGGUCGGGAAGGUUCUGAUGGAGUCUUAGUCGCACACGAAAACUGCAACCAGUUCUACAAAUGUUUCAAUGGAAAACCCGUCACAAUGAACUGUCCCGGCAACCUUCUCUACAAUCCACACAAAAGAAUAUGUGAUUGGCCCGAAAAUGUUGAUUGUGGAGACAGAAUAAUUCCAGAAUGUGAUGACGAUGACAAUGGCGGAGGUGGUGGAGGCGGCGGAGGCGGAGGAGGUGGAGGCGGAGGCGGCGGAGGUGGAGGUGGUGGAGGCGGAGACGACGGAGGAAGUGGCGAUGACAAUGAUGGAACUUGCAACUGCAACCCCGGUGAAGCACCUUCGAUUUGCGGUCGGGAAGGUUCUGAUGGAGUCUUAGUCGCACACGAAAACUGCAACCAGUUCUACAAAUGUUUCAAUGGAAAACCCGUCACAAUGAACUGUCCCGGAAACCUUCUCUACAAUCCACACAAAAGAAUAUGUGAUUGGCCCGAAAAUGUUGAUUGUGGAGACAGAGUAAUUCCAGAAUGUGAUGACGAUGACAAUGGCGGAGGUGGAGGUGGUGGAGGCGGAGGCGGUGAAGGUGGUGGCGAUGACAAUGAUGGAACUUGCAACUGCAAUUCCGGUGAAGCACCUUCGAUUUGCGGUCGGGAAGGUUCUGACGGAGUCUUAGUCGCACACGAAAACUGCAACCAGUUCUACAAAUGCUCCAAUGGCAAACCAGUCACAAUAAGCUGUCCCGGAAACCUUUUCUACAAUCCACACAAAAGAAUAUGUGAUUGGCCCGAAAAUGUUGAUUGUGGAGAGAGAGUAAUUCCAGAAUGUGCUGACGAUGACAAUGGCGGAGGUGGUGGCGAUGACAAUGAUGGAACUUGCAACUGCAACCCCGGUGAAGCACCUUCGAUUUGCGGUCGGGAAGGUUCUGAUGGAGUUUUAGUUGCACACGAAAACUGCAACCAGUUCUACAAAUGCUCCAAUGGCAAACCAGUCACAAUAAGCUGUCCCAGCAACCUUCUCUACAAUCCAUACAUAAGAAUAUGUGAUUGGCCCGAAAAUGUUGAUUGUGGAGACAGAGUAAUUCCAGAAUGUGAUGACGAUGACAAUGGCGGAGGUUGUGGAGGUGGUGGCGAUGACAAUGAUGGAACUUGCAACUGCAACCCCGGUGAAGCACCUUCGAUUUGCGGUCGGGAAGGUUCUGAUGGAGUCUUAGUCGCACACGAAAACUGCAACCAGUUCUACAAAUGCUCCAACAACGAACCUGUUUCAAUGGAUUGCCCCGUUAAUCUUUUUUACAAUCCUUACAAACAAAUUUGUGAUUGGCCCGAAAACGUGAAAUGUGGCGAUAGAGUAAUACCAGAUUCUUGCAACUGCAACCCUCGUGCAGCACUACAAAUAUGUGAAGCAGCAAACUCCGAAGGCGAGUUGAUAGCUCAUGAAAAUUGUAAUCAAUUCUACAAAUGUUCUUUCGGAAAACCGAUUGCAUUCUCGUGUCCAGCAGGUCUUCAUUACAAUCCAUAUAAAGAAGUAUGUGAUUGGCCUGUUAACGUAGAUUGUGGAGACAGGAUAGCGACCCAAAGUGUCUCAUUGAAUAAGCACCUUGACACAGGAUUCAGAAAAACAUAUUUUUAA